CUUUAUUAUGCAUGAUUUAUCAGAUUGAUGACUGAUGAUCACCAAGACAUUCAACCACAUAGUGUUGGCAAGCAAUUGAAUAGGGGGAAAAUUGCAGUCCUAAGAAAACGAACACAACUGAACCCCUCCAAACUUACCGAUUCAGGAAUUCAAAAGCUAGCUACCCAAUGAUUCCACAUCCAAACAAUGGCUAAAUCAAGAUGGAACUCAAAAGCAAGCAGCUGCUACUUCAACAAGUAUACAUGGCGGAAAACACCGAAUUCAGGAGGGGAAAAGUAAGCUUAGCUACCUGGGGGGCCUGACCGUCAGAACACGAGAGUGGUUGGCAGUAGAAGAAGAUAAAGUAGCAGUGGCGGCUCCUAAUUUCCCACCGAGAUCGUACGAGUUCUCCGACGAGGAAGGAGCGGAAGUUACGGACUGUAUCUCCUUUGAGACGUUGCGGACAAAACUCUGCAAUCCCUCCAUUUGGAGACGUAUGAGCUUCGGCUGGAUAUAGAGAGAGGUAAACUGCGAGCAAAAUUCGGCAGACGAAUUAGCUCCUAGCAACUGGUUAGUUGCAAUCGGAGAAAACUGGCAAACCGUUGAUUUUCUGGAGUAGUAGGGUUUUAACUUCUAAGAAAUAAGAAUCGGUUUUUUAAUAUAUAUAAGAAAUAAGAAUCGGUUUUCGUUUCGAGAGAUUUGGACGAAACGGGGAGAUCAUUUCAAUAUUUGUUUUUUUUUAUAGAAUCAUUUCAAUAUUUGUUGCUAGGCUUAAUUGCAAGUUUGGUCACUCGAAUUGCUAUAAAAUUUCACGUUUGCCACUCAAAUUAAUUUAUUCCAUUUAUAGUCACUCGAAUUAGUUGAACAGUUCAAAUUCGGUCACUCUCCGUUAACUUUGACUGACGUGGCGGUCAACUCUGACAGUUGACCGUUAAAUGUGUGACGUGGCAAAUAAAAAAUAAUUAUAAAAUAAAAUAAAAUUUUUAGAAAUUACAAAUCGGACGAGGGAAUUGGGUCACAAAUCGGACGGGGAGACGAUCGAGUGGCUGCUCCAGUAGGCGGAGCCGGCGAUAAUUGUGGCGACGGGAACGGGCACCAUCCCGGCCAAUUUCUCCACCCUGAAUGUCUCGCUGCGGAGCAGCGGAUCCACUCUCUCCGCUCGGUCGUCGAAAUCGGCGCCGCUGCAUUCGUUUCACAGGGCGCUUGCUUUGACGGCGGCGCAACAACAGCAUUACGAGGAACGGUUUUCCGUCGCGCAUCUGGGAUUCCACCACCACCAGCAUAUGUUGUCGGCGGAUCAAAUCGCGGAGGCUCUGCCGAGUGCCAGCGGCGGAGAUAGCGGCGGCGGUGGAGCGACGGAUUCAAGGGAGAAUUACCGGAAAAGAUUCAGGGAGGAUUUGUUCAAGGAUGAAAAUCAACAGGACGGAGAGAGCGACGGCGGCAGGGGAUCUCCGAAUAGAAUCCCUAAACAACAAGAAGCAGUGUCAGCGUCCUCAUCGCCAUCAGCUUCCUCUACUUCUUUACUGCGUCCAUCCAACAUUGGCACGGCGAUGUGGGCGGUGGCGGCAGGCCCCCAUGCCGGUGCUGGGAACACGUUCUGAAUGCUGCCGGUGACGGCUCACUGCUUACCGAGAGCCAAGUUUUCGUGAUAAUGAUGUGUAAUUUCUAAAAAUUUAAUUUUUAUUUUUUAAUUAUUUUUUAUUUGCCACGUCACACAUUUAACGGUCAACUGUCAGAGUUGACCGCCACGUCAGUCAAAGUUAACGGAGAGUGACCGAACUUGAACUGUUCAACUAAUUUGAGUGACUAUAAAUGGAAUAAAUUAAU